UACACUUAAGCUUAACCAGACAACGGUCUUUAAACUAUCUCUCUAUAGGUAGGCUAUUUAAGAAAAGAAAUAUGCACUUUGAUUUGGCUGAUGCUAUAUCGAGCUCUAGCUCAAAGAAUAAGGAGUUUGAUGUGAAAUGCAGCCAGCCUGAAGGAAAGGCUGUACCAGAGAGGGAGCUCUGUUGGUUGCACCGGGAAUUAAGCCUCAACCUGGAGUAUACCCCACAGUGCCAGAGAAACAUGAAACAUGUGGCUCAUCUGGUUAUAGCGCUGCAGAGGAUGAAACUCAGUUCCGAGUCCAAAUCCACACCCAAUCCCUUUAGCAUGGGGAGGAAUAACGACCCAAGCAGCAACAUAUUGGACGACGUGUUACAAGAGCAUGUGAUGGUGAAUGUGCAGGAACCUGUGGGGCAGGUGAAAAAAGCAAAGGGGACCUUCAUGCGAACAGGCAGUCUGCAGCAGUGUAAACUGUGUGACGAAAACAAGAAGUACCUUGUGACCACUAAAACCAACAUUACACACAUGGCUCUACGGGCCAUGACACUGCGGGGAGGACAAAGCUCUCAGAGAGUGGAAUUUGAGCUGUCCCGGUAUGUUAAUGCCAGUUACGCUGUCCAUGCCCAGCCAGUUGUCUUGGGGAUUUCCGGUACCAAUCUAUACCUGUCCUGCUUGAGACCAGAUGGCAUGACCCCUGUCCUACAUGUGGAGCAUUUUGAUCAACAUCUGAGCACUAUCAACUCUGAGGGAGAAGAGCUUCGCUUCCUCUUUUACAAGAAAACCACAGGCAUCUCUAACACCACCUUUGAGUCGGCCAAGUACCCAUGCUGGUUCAUCAGCACCUCAGUGGAUCCAGAGCAGCCUGUAAAUAUGUGUCAGGAAAAGGACAUUGGAGUGUGCGCCGUAUUCCAAGUCAACGACUAAACACAAAACCAAAUAUGUAAGAAUGUACCUAGCACAGUCAGGAAAAAGUAUGCAUGCUGUAGAGGAGGUGAAUAGAUACACCUGUGCUUUUCUCAAACAGCUUUACAUCGUUCAUCAACUCAUUCCUUCAACCACCACCAAUAUCUGUGGCCCGGGUUGUUGUGAGUGUACAUGAACAGCAGGUGGUGUUGUAUUUUCGUUUUGCACUCUUUAAGUGCUCCUUAUGCCCAUAGAGAUGGAUAGAGGACACAGGGUGAAUGUAACAGGAUUUUGUGGGACAUCGCCAUUUUAAAGUAGUCAACUGGAUGGGUCUUUGGGUUAUUGCUUCAUCACUCCUGACGAUCCUGUUGGAGUCAUGUUCACCUGGGUCAGCAGGAGGGAUCAGCCAAUUUUGAAAAAGUACUUAAUCAAAAUGGAAUUUGCAUCUAUGGCGCUGCUCGCGGGCUUACGGAUGCCAUAAUGGGAACUAUUUAGGGAUAUUUCCGCUAUCCAUCUUUGUAUUCAUGCCUCAGCAGCCCUGCUCUCUCUGUUAACUGUUUAGUUAAAACAUAUACACUAGAGACAGGAUCAAGAAGGUCUCACUCCAACCUUCCAUGUUUUAGUCUCAGUCUUUAAAUGCUGAACGUGUUGUAUUUUAAAUGUAUUCAUACUGAAUUGUUUAUCUUAUGGCUACCAUUUUAUUUGCUUAGAAUAGGAUGUAGGCUUGAAAUUAGAGUAAAGAGUAUAAAAUAAUUGUUAAUAUUAAUUCUCCUUGUCUAACAUUGUAGACAUUUUAUUAACUGUGAAAUUGUGACUAAAUUUGAUUAUUUAUUAUCAAUGAGAAAUUAAAUCCUAACAUUCCAAUAUUCUGGAAAGAGUUACAUUGAUUUUACCCAGUGUAUGUAUAAUAAAAAUCAAAGAAAAUGUACUACUUAACAACAGCUAAAAUCAUGUAAUAUAUGGACAAAAAUAUAUACUUUUAAUUUAAUUUGUCAGUGAUUGCAUGGUAAUGUAUUCUGCUGUAUGUUAAAAUUAAAUGUAAUCAUUUUGAUU